GAGAUGACUGUUGGUUGAAGAACGUAAAUUCACUGGCGUAAACAGGCCUCUGUGGGAAACCUGGAUUCACAACUAAUUUAGUGCAAAAACACAGAAAGUCAUGAUGGAUGGAGUAUCUACACAUUGUUGUGUGGUGAUAAAAGAUUUUUAAAAACCUGGAUACCUGAAAACAGAAAUGACUAAGAAUGACAGCGUAAGCGUUUUAAACGUAAUUUCUCAGAAGAUACAGAGUGAGAAGAAACCAAUUGGAUUUCUGGGUCUCUCCGAGCCAAAAUAUGGCCUCCGUGAGGAACUCCAUGUCCGAGGACCCCCUACUUGGCAAUGGUCCUGACGAGGACGACUCAGAGGUGUCUUGUUCAGGGAGUGACUCGGACUCCGGAAGUGUUCUGUCAGAUGACUCAGUGCUUCCGGUCUACAAGCAGGAAUGUGGUUCACGGAGCACCGCCAAAACGCUGUAUGAGGCAUGCGCUCAGAACAAUCCCUUGGCGCUCCAGAAGGUUCUGGAGAAAGGGGUAACUAAAGAGGAGGUCAUGGAGGUGGACCACAAUGGCUGGACCGGUUUGAUGGUGGCGUGCUAUAAAGGUUUUUUGGAAAUUGUGCAAUCUCUAUACCACUGCCCCUACCUUGACAUAAAUCACCAGGACAACGAUGGUAACACAGCACUGAUGAUUGCUGCACAAGCAGGUCACACCAUGACUGUGACCUACAUCCUGAACUACUACCCCGGGGCAGACACAGAGAUCCGGGACUGCCGUGGCUUCACUGCCCUUAUCAAAGCUGCCAUGCAGGGCCGAGACGAUGUAGUAUCUUCCCUCGUUAUGGCCGGUGCCGACCAAAAUGCUACAGACACCACAAAGCUGAAGUGUGCACGUGACUGGGCACUAAAGACGGGCCGAUAUGAGACCUUAAACCGCCUCCGUCGCCUCAAUCUGCGACCAAGGGCUGAGCAGUUUACAGAGAGCUACGUCCCUGAGUGGCCAGCGCUGAAGGAACUGGUGGCCCAGACCACAGUCAACAAGAGCCCUGGCCAGAGGAUCACCCAGCGCAUCAAGUCCACCUUUGGCUUCAGCUUCCCCCGAGACCCCCAGGACAACGGGGUCUUGGACCACAUGGUGCGUAUCACCACCAGUGUCCACAGCCCUCUGGUGGCCACUGGCUGUCGGCCGCUAUGCCCCACUAGCCCCCCUGAGGUGGGGAAGAGGCGCCUGGCUGUGCCUGAGCUGGUGAAAAAGCACUCAGGGAAGAGGCUGCAGGAGGGCUCUGUGUGCCACAGCAGUGGUUCCGUCUCCUGCAUCCACUCAGCCAGGACCACGGCCACGUCCUGCUGUGCAGACACUGAUCGCCGGGGUAGCGUCAUCUCUAUAGCAUCCACUGGGGUGCGCACUUUCAUCCCGAGGAGCAUGGUGCAUAGGAACAGUGUGUUCCCCUCCGGCUGCAUACCCAAGAUCCAGAUAGUAAAGUCUGGAGAGCCCACGCCCAAGAAGGAAAAGAAAAGGAAGCGGCACAAGGGUUACCUGGAGCCGCCUGUAUGGAAAUACAAGGCAGAGAAGCAGGAGAAAAAAAAAGAGAAGAAGGCAGCAGAGAAAGAAAGAGAGAAAGCCAAAAAGGAAAAAAAAGAGAAGAAAGACAAUUAGUGGAAUUGAAAUGUCUAGGUCCGCCAACUUAUUUCAAUGCCACACAUUUCUAAUAUACUCCUCCUUCUGUACACACCUUGGAGGAUCAACACAAUACUAUCCAAGGUCUUUUGAGUUUGAUACAAUCCUUGGCAUCAAGAGUAAAAUCUGUUUUUUGAAUAAGUCAGAAUAAACUGAUUACAAAUAAUUUUUAUUUGCCUUUAGAAGCUUUCAAAGGUGUAAAGAGAAAGUCUUCCUAUAGUGCCAUCCUAGAUGGAAAGUUGUCUUUACAUAAAGGCCUACUGUAUAGAAUGCAUGAAUUGGAGGAAAGAAUAGGCUGUCAUUUUCGGUACGCUUUCAAUGGAGUACUGCAGAUUUAAGAAGUCAGAAUUGCAGACAGACUUAAAAAGGCCUACAACACAGUUAAAUAAGAAGUUUUACAUUCAACAUCACAAUGAACCAAUGCACAUAACCACAUGAACCAAGGAAUUGCUUGCAAAAAAUAAGAUCAGUGUCCUGGAAUAGCCCCGUCACAGGCUGGAACUCAAUCCAGUAGAAAAUCUGCUAAAGAGGCAACCCCUCAUAUUGUGACUGACCUUAAGCUUUUCUGCAAAGAAGAGUGUGAUAAAAUCCAGGUUUUUGAGUAUACAUUUAGUUGAGCACACUUAGACAACCAAAGCAUUGACCGAUUUUAACUUGCAUCAUUUUUUUCCAGAAACAUUAUCUACUUGUUUUUCACUUUUGGUUGGUUACAAGAUUACAUGAUUUAUCUUGAUUCUAGUCUUUGCACAAUUACAACGUUGUGUAGACAUUAAUAUCUGCUGUAUUUCUGAAUGCUUAUUUAGAAACUUUUCACUGUUUUUUUCCCACCGCUACACUAAUGAGUUGGUUGUUCAGUUAGACAUAUUGAUGACAUAAAUGUAUUUUGUUUAUUGGUCACUUUAUUAGGUCUAUAUUAAGUAAGACGCCUGUUUUAUUACAUACUUACAGAUAUGUUUUGUACGUAGACAAGGCACAUGAAAUAAUUGAUGAAUUGAUUAGAAUCUCAAUAAUAAUCCUCAUAUGCCCAGAAAUAAACCGAUCUGCCUCAUUACGGAAGCCCAUUCCUUUUGCAAUACAAACUUAUUUUUUUAUGUAAUGUAUUAUAAAACUAUUGAACAUAUUUAUGGAGCAUUAAAGAGAUUGCCCAAAAAUAAACCUACCUUACCCAAUGCAAUUA